ACUGCUAACUGCACUGUAGUCUGUAGGAAAGUUUUAUCAGUUAUUGAGUUAUCUAAGUUAUCUAUGCACUGCAAGUUUGGCAUUUCAUAGUACGUCCACCACCUACGACCCACCGAGCUUUGCGGACCGCUACCGAAAUCCGAAUCAUUUGCUGACUAAUGACUUCGACAUCAGUUCAUCAGCAUUUCAAUUUUUAGCGUCAGUUGCUCAGUCCGUAGUCAACAUUCGCCAUGGGAGGACCUAAAGAAGGCGUUCAAAAACAGAUACAACAAGACUGGGCGAAUCGCGAAUACAUUGAAGUGAUCACGGGCAGCAUAAAAAAAAUUACAGACUUUCUCAAUUCGUUUGAUAUGUCAUGUCGAUCCAGGUUAGCCAUUUUAAAUGAAAAAUUAACUACACUGGAAAGAAGAAUUGAAUACUUGGAAGCACGGGUUACUAAAGGAGAAACUCUUUCAUGAUACUGAUAUAUUGCCAUUAAAUCGAUUGGAAAUACUUGUGUACUAUAUAUAAAUUUUUCAAGGUAGUGUUAUUAAACUAGUCUAAGUUAUGUAUAUAUUUUUAAACAU